GUUAGAUUAUUAUUUUGCAAGACUUGUGAUGCAAACAUGUCUUCAAACGCGAUCAAAUUCACCUUUGGCGUUUUAUUAAUCUGCUUUACUUUGGAUUUAAGUAAUUCUGCAUUUAUCGAUACAUUGUCGAAAUGCGGUAUCAAAGACAAUAAUUGUCAAAGGAAGCUUUUUAAAAGUGCGCUUCAACAAAUUGGAAAAACUGGUAUACCGGAAGUAAACAUACCUCCGAUCGAUCCUAUUCAAAUUCAGGGUGUGUCAGUUGUGAUCUUGAAUUUGGUUAACAUCACAUUAAUCGACGGAGUUGUAAAGGGCAUAAAGGAUUGUGAAUUUACCAGAUUCGACUUUGAUAUUGAAAAGGGAAGAGGUAGUCAAGAAUUACAAUGUGAUAUAACAAUCAAGGGGCACUAUAGUGUAGUGGCUACAUCUCCGGAAAUCGGAGCUGUUCUCGGAGGAUCGGAAAUAGUAGGAGAUGGCAACGGAAAAGUUAAAAUAGACAAACUUGUUCUCGCAUUUGACUAUCCAGUACACGUAUAUAAAAAGGAUGACGGUGAAAUUUAUAUUAAAUGCGACUACAAUAAAACAGCAGAAAAAUUCGAUAUUUUAGGCAAGGUUACAUUUGCUGCUGACAACCUUUAUCUAGGCAAAGAGAACGUCAGCGAGUUCGCUGUUAAUUACCUGAAUAAUAACUGGAAAUUUAUAUUCAAAACCUUUGGACGAGUAUUCAUUGAUAAGGCGACCGAGUUUUACAAUCGAUUUGAAAAGAAUUUCUUUGAUUCGGUUCCAGCGAAGCAUUACAUUUCUGAUGACCUGACACCUUACUUGUGAGAUUCAUAAGUUUAAAAACAUUAGCAAAAUAAUAAUGUUAUAAUUUUAUUAGAUAUUUGAAUAAUAAACGAAAAUGUAUCCCA